AGUGAUCGCAAAAAAGCUCCAAACAGGCUUCCUUUUUUGCCCCGACUCACCUCCUCGUCGUGAUCGCGCUCUCCGCCGGCCAUGGCUGGCGUGCACGCCCUCGUCGCGCGCCGCCCGCCCUUUCUGCUCCGCGCACCACUGCCCGACUCCAGCGCGCGCGGGCUUCUCUCUGGCGCCGCUGGCCGUCGCACAUUGCACGCGCACGCUCCGCUUACUGCUAGACGGGGGUUUAGGCGGGCUUACAUCGGCAUUAGUCGCACGCAGAAAAACCAAGUAGAUUGUGCUUAUAGUGGGGAUGACGGGGCGGAAGGAUUGGUUGAGUCAGAGAUCGAGAUUGGUUGGGGGCAGCAAUGCACGAGUGGCGUUGAGCCCUCAGCGCCACCACGGUCACACGCACAGUCACAGGCGCCGUCGCAGUCACGGUGCAGGCCGCGCGGCACCCCCCACCGCCCGCCAUUUCCGCCUGCUGCAUCCCCCGACUCCCACGUACCAAGGGCCCUUCCCCCCCCCUUAGCCUCCGCUGCUCUCGCUCUCCUCCUCGCCCUCGCGCCCUUCGCUGCUCGCCCGCCUGCCCUCGCGGAAGCACCGCCUGCGGGGACUGCGGCGAAUGUGGCGGAGGCGAGUAGCGGCAGGCGCGAGGCACGAAGCAAGGCUGCGGGGCGGCGCAAAGAGAAGCGCGCAGAAGGAGGGGGUUCCGCCGUGCGGGGGGGCAAGAGUGUUGGAGGGGGUGGGGAAGCAGCGGGAGGGGAGGGCGGGGGGGACGUGGGGAGCGGGCAGGCGGGCGAGAGGCUUGAGGCGUUCCAGAGAGCGGCGGCGGCCGCCGUGACGGCGCAGGAGCUGGGCGGGCUGGAGCGCGCGUACCAGGCGGAGUGGGCGCGGAGCGUACGGGAGGGCGAGGCGCGGCAGGCGCGGCUACUGGACGAGCUGGUGGCGGCGCGGAUGGCGCUGGCGGAGAGAGAGGAGGCGCUGGAGCGCGCAAGGGAGAGAGGCGCAAGGGGGGCGGAGGGGACAGGGGGGCAGAGGAGAGCGGGGGAGGAGGAAGGCGAGGAAGAAGCGGGGAGGAAGGGAGCAGAGGGAGCGGCGAGUAAGGGGAGCAAGGCAGGGGGUAAGGUGAAGGGGAGGAAGAGCAGGGCGGCGGCGGCAGGGGCGGAGGACGAGGCAGUGGGCAGCGUGCGCGCUGGCAGGCGGGGCGUGGAGGCGGCGCAGCGGCGCGUGGACGAGGCGGCGGCGGGCGUGGUGGCGGCAGGGCAGCACGCGGAGGGGCGGCUGGCAGCCAUGCGGCAGGCGCUGGGGGAGGCGCAGAGGAGGGUGCAGGGGGAGGGGGCAGGGGCGGCGAUGGCGGAUGGGGAGGGCAGGGGGGGGGGGGAAGGAGUGGCGGCGGUGUGGGGGGCGACGGGUGGGGUAGGGCGGGACGUGCGCGAGUGCUUGGACCACCCGGGCAGGCUGCCCGCCGUGCUGCUCACCACGCUGAGACGCGCCGUGGGGGGGGGUGAGCCUGGCGCCGCUGCUGCUGCAGGGCAGGGGGCGGAGGAGGAAGGUGCAAGGCGUGGGGAGGGGAGCGAGAGGGGGGCCGCGCUGAGUGCAGCGGAGGAGGCAGCAGCAGACGCCCAGGUGCUGGCGUGGCACAAGUGGGCGGCAGAGCAGCGGGCGGCAGCAAAGAAGCAGAUUGUGAGCAGCCGAGGCAAGGCCAAGGCGUUUGCAGUGGAGAAGCAGGCGGAGGUGCUGGCAGCGCGCGACCGCGUGAUGGCGGAGGUGGCGCUCAACACGGCCGUCACCAGCGCGCUGCUGGGCGGCACGGACGAGGGGCGGUGGGAGCUGACCCCAGCGGGCCUGUGGGAGGCGCUGUCGCACUCGCUGCUGGCGUCCGCCUCGCUGCGCCAUGACCGUCGCGCCGCGCUGCUCACCCUCAAGGCGGAUCCGCGCCGCUUCUACGUGGACCUGGCGGCAUGGGACAGCUGGCGCCACGCCACUGGCGGCACGGACGAGCUACUGCUGCGCCUGCAGGCGGCGGGGGUGCCGACACGCGUGGAGGUCAUGUGGGUGCCCGUGCGCCAGUGGGACCCGCUCUCGCUCUACGCCCUGCCGGCGCGCGUGCUGGGCCAUGCGGCGCAGUCGCUGUCGUCGGCGGGCCCCGUUCAGGUGGCGCUGCAGUGGUACGGUAGCACGGCGGGCGAGGCGGCGGAGGAGACGUUCUUCCGCUUCGUGUGGCCGGCCAUGCCGCGCGGCCUCAAGGCGCUGCUCAAGCUUGACUACUCCGAGGGCGCCGCCGCCGGGGACGUGGUGGCCCUGGAGCGCAUGGGGUGGCUGGCCGCCGCCGAGAGGCGCUUCAACAAGCGCUGCGCCAUGGCGGGCCGCUGGGCGUGGUGGCUUGUGCUGCCCGGCAAGGUGGCCGUCACGCUCUUCCCCCUCCAGUGGGCCGUGCUCCCAGCUGCCGCCCUUGCCCAGCGCCUGCUGGUGGGCGCACCAGGGCCCGAGAGCGAGACGGCGUACAAAACGCGGCUGGGGCGGGAGCUGCUGAGGCGAGUGGGCAAGGCGGAGGAGGAGGAGGAGAAGGCAAAGAAGGAGAAGAAGGUGAAGGACUCCAUCAAGGAGGCCUUCGACCGCAUGAAGCGUGUGCGGCGGCCGUCGGUGGCGCUGUCGGACUUUGCGGGGAUGGACGCGGUGAAGGAGGAGGUGCGCGAGGUCAUCACCUUCCUGCGCGACCCUGCCGCCUUCCAACGCCUUGGCGCUCGACCACCGCGGGGCGUGCUGAUAACGGGCGGGUCGGGCGUGGGCAAGAGCAGUCUGGCGCUGGCGAUAGCGGCGGAGGCGCGCGUGCCGGUGGUGGAGAUCAAGUCCAGCGACGUGGACCCGGGGGGCUUCGUGGGGCAGGGCGCCGCCAACGUCAGAGAGCUGUUCAAGAUCGCGAGGGAGAUGGCGCCCAUGCUCAUCCUCAUGGAGGACUUUGAGGAGAUCGGGGGCGUGCGCGGGGCGGCCAUGGACACGCGGCUGCAGGACAAGGAGGCCAUCAUCAACCAGCUGCUCGUCGAACUCGACGGGUUUGAGACGCAGGAGGGGGUGGUGCUGCUCGCAAUCACCGACAACCCAGCAGCUGUGGACCCGGCGCUGCGGCGGCCGGGGCGCAUGGACCGUGUGAUCGAGGUGCCGCUGCCCAGCGCGGCGGAGAGGGAGAAGAUCCUGCGGCGGGCUGCAGCCCACUCCAUGGACCCGCAGUUCGCUGACUCCGUUGACUGGCGAUUCGUGGCGGAGCAGACGGGCGGGCUGAAGCCCACGGACCUGCGUGGCAUGCCGCGCCGCAUCCUGCUGGCGGCGGGCGCCGACAAGUUCAGGGACGAGGACGAGCUCGCCGCCACGCUCAGCCAGCUCGAGCUGUACCACUGGGUGGUGCCCGCCCUGGUGCGGCGCCUGCCGCUGCUGCAGCGCUGGGAGAGCGGCAUCGUGGAGCGCCUGGGGCUGGCGCUGACCCCGGCGGACGUGGUGGGCGUGGUGGGGGAGAUCGACUUCUCGUCGCUCACGGACCUGGGCAUGGACCUCACCCUCCCCGACACCGGCAAGUGGGAUCGUUCUGAGAAGCUUCCACACGCGGUGUGGGCAGCAGGGAGGGGCGUGCUGGCAGCUCUUCUGCCAAGCUUUGACCGCGUUGACAACAUAUGGCUCAACCCCAGCAGCUGGGAGGGCGUGGGUUUCACGCGCUUCACACGCGCUGCCGAGGGCUCGCUGGGCAGUGCGGAUGGCAGCGGCGAGGCGGCGGGGGGCGGCGUGGUGAGCCGCGCGUACACGGAGCAGAGCCUGGUGGCGCUGUUCGGGUCGCACAUCGCCGCCGCGCUGCUGCUGCCCUGGGGGCACUCCAACAACCUGGCCACCCCGCAGCUGCAGCAGGCCUACCAGCUGGCAGAGCGGAUGGUGAUGGAGUGGGGGUGGGGACCUGACGACUCCCCCUUCAUCUUCCAAACCCACAACGCUCGCAAGAGUCUGGCAUUGGGGCGAAGGCAGGAGGCUGAGCUGAAGCAGAGGGUGCAGCAGCUGCACGACGCGGCCUUUGACCGCGCGCACAGCCUGCUGUCGUGCAACCGCCGCACGCUGCAGGCGGUGGUGGAUGCCCUCUGCUCCCACGAUGCCGUCGACCGCCAGGCGCUGCUGCGCAUAAUGGCCGACACAUCAGCCGUGGCAGAGACCGAGCCGUUUGAGCUCUUCCCUUACAGCCACCCAACACAAAGGGCAGACAGACACCUGGCAGCACGCGGGCGACGCACACGGGCAGACAGAGCAGCUUCUUUCAGCGGCAGCCUGUCCCAAGGGGCUCUCCCUGCUCAGGCGUCUACCAAGUGAUGGUGAAUCGUGAUAGAACAAGCGCAAGGGCUAAUAAAUGUUUGGCCUGGUAAUACAGCUCAUGCUAUGCACUCUAAACAGAUGAAAAAACGUUUUUUUCUACGUUUUCCUGUAUACAACUUCUUGAAUUAGACGUUAGCAAUA